ACGACUGGACCGGAUGUUCGGUUCUGGUAUUAGGGAAAAGUCCGAGUGCGUGACGGGGUCAGCUAUGUCGUGAAGGCGCAAGACAUACUUGACAUUGGCGCUUGUAGUCUUUGGGACAUGGACUGGGCGGAAAGGCCUGGUUAAGUUUUUGGGCAAACAUAACGGAACCGAGAAAAGGCGUUGCCAUGACUUUCAGAAGAUGUCUUGGAGACUGGAAAAACGAGUCCUACCAGGGCUUGUCCCUGAGACUCUGACGUCAUGAAAUCGAUGACGCUUCGAUGGCUUUGCCUGCUCAGCAUAAGCCUCCCUGUCCUGUUCUGGUUCGGACAUGUGAUCACACGGGAGGGUUCAGCCCGCGUCGCGAAGCAAAGUGUUGGACUACGGGGAUACGUGAGGGUCAGCCCGGACACCGCGGAGCAGUUCUUGAACGUGCACUUCAACCAGUGUGCCUUAGUUUCCAGUUCCGGCCAGAUGCUCGGAGCGGGCCUGGGCGCUGACAUAGACAAAAUCCAGUGCGUGAUCCGCAUGAACAACGCUCCCACCCUGGGCUACGAGAAGGACGUGGGCAGCCGGACCAGCGUGCGGGUGGUGUCCCACACCAGCGCCCCGCACCUGGUGAAGAACCAGCGCUACUACUUUGAAGAGGCGGCCAACACCACGUACGUGUUCUGGGGUCCGCAGAGGAACAUGAGGACGGACGGGAAAGGUGGCGUCUUCAACGCUCUCCUGAGGAUAGCCAAGAAGUAUCCCGAUGUCCGGAUGUACGCCAUGACGCAGGAAAGAGUGGAGCACUGCGACCAAAUCUUUCAGAAUGAAACCGGAAAGAACAGGUUGAAGUCGGGAGCGUAUCUCAGCACGGGAUUCUUCACGAUGAUUCUCGCUAUGGAAAUGUGCGACAGCAUCCGCGUGUACGGCAUGAUCAACACCGACUUCUGCAGUGGAACCAAUCACAGCGCGGCCUCCUACCAUUACUACGAGCGGGGCAAGAUGAACGAAUGCCGCAUGUACAGAAUGCAUGAGCGGACAAAGCACGGCGGACACCGCUUCAUCACGGAGAAAGCCAUUUACGCCAAGUGGGCCUUGCAUCACAAGAUGGAGUUUAAACAUCCUUCUUGGAAUAUUUCCAACUUAAAACUACCCUGACUCGCUUCGGUGGAUUUCCGGUGCUGAAAGUUGUCAUAAAGCACCGCCCUGACGAUCACUUAAAUUACAGACAAAGCUGAAAUGUACACUUAUUUUUUUGAAGAGAUGAGCCUUUCUUAACUAAUAUUUUGCACAAUUUACUGCUGCUUUUUUCCUAAAUAUUAAUGUUCUUAUACUUUAAAGUGCAACAGGGAGUGGACUUUCAUGCCAUGAUGGGUGUUGUUGUAAUGUUAUAAGAGCAUUUCACAGGAAUACAGUCUAGUGUCUGUCUAACGAGAUCAAAUACUCAAGUUAUUUAUUGAGCCUAAAGAGCCCAAUUUUACUGAAGUGUAAAACCAGUCCGAUGGGGGCGUUAUAAAGAAAUAUUGAAGGAUAAGGAAGCUAAGGGGGGCAAAAAAUAAGAUUAAUAUAGCAUAGAUCAGGGUUAGCUUUGAUACAUUUUCUACUUUAACGAUGCAAAAAGCAAUAUAAUGUAGGUCAAUAUAUGCUUUGUGUUAGAGCUGACAAAGCAAUUAGUGUAAUUUCUAAUAAUUAGGGCUGUCAGAUAUAUUUAAUCGCAAUUAAUCAAAUUUACCGUAGUAAUUAAUCGGGGAUCGAAUUUUUUCUAUCUUUCAAAAGUGUGCCUUAAAUCAGGGGUUCUUCACUUUUUGGACCCUGGGACCCACUGAAUGAGUAAUCCUAAUCUUGAUUUUAAUCAUAUAUUAUUAUGUUAUAUCUAACCUACUUACAGUUUACAACCUUGUCAAAUGAUAUGAAGCUUUGUGGUAAUUACCUAAAUUAUUAUCAAGGCUUAGGUCAGGCUGAUUACAAAAAUAAAUACUAAUCAAGCAUACAGCACUCUUAAAACGGAUGAAAAAUACAAUUACGCAGUGCUGAAAUGAAUACAUUCUAACUAAAUUCGUAAUGAAUAAUAAUAACACGUUUCAUAACUAAAUUCUUAAUACAAUUGAAGUGCAAAUGAAAAUACAGCUUUAGCACUUCAGUCAUAAUUUUUGCACUUAAGAAACUUCUCUUUGACUUUAGCGCCAGACUUCUUCUGUUUGUUUGACAUUGUCAUUACUGCCACAAGUGGUGGAAAAAUGUAUUACAACUGAGUACGGCAUACCGCUGAGAAACAUAUCACGGCCCAAAAAUGGACCCUGGCCUUAUGGUUAAGAAACUCUGCACUAGGUCAUUAUUAAGUUUCUAAUACCAUCAACAUGGCACUGGACACUUUGUGUUCUGCAAAUGUUAGUUCAAUAAACAUGCUUUUUUAAACAGCUCAACACAAAAUGGAAACAAACACUCUCACACACACACACACAUACUCUCUCACUAUUUAAAAAAACUGUUUUAGGAGGCCAGUCUUUUUUUUUUGUCUGUUUCUGCUCUGCGGUUUGUCCCUGUUCAUUGCUGCGGUGCAGGUGCGUUUUCCCGAAUUUACAGUGUGGGGACACAACAAAUUGGGCCGCUAUAGGAAAUGACCGUUUACUCCCUAUUGGGAUUGAAAGUGUGGCGUGGAAACCCAUUGCAUUGUGGGUCUUGCUUGACUCUGAGUAGCUUAUGGCUGAAUACAAGACUCCGUGCUUAGGUUUUUUUUUUUCUUUAGCAAGUUCAAAACAAGUCGCAAACGUGGGCAUCAUUAACAAUCGCUUCAGAAAAAAAAAGAGUUUUGGCGAGGUUUUCCUCAUUUCUUGCGUAAAGGCAAAGCCGAAGGAAAUCGGGUUAUGAAGCUAAUAAAGAGACGGUGAAUAGCAGCCGUGAGACGAUCAAACAUGACUUUUAACGCCCUCACCUGGUACAUGUUGGUGGGUUUAUGGCAUUUUCACACUGGUAAGUUUGAAUCAAAGCAUGUUUUAUUCUGUUGCACACGUCGCAUUUCGUAGGAUGUUAGCGUUAGCUAAGCUAAGCUAGCUGCGGGUUACAAACAACAUACAGUAUUUGGGAAAAAUACCCCUAAACUUUAAAUAUAUUUCCCACAUUAAUGCACAGUGUAUUUCACACUUGAAAUAAAUUAAGUUUGAAACAGAUUUUUCCAGAACACACCACACAGUGACAAGUUUACCUCUGAAAGACGACGUAUAAAAGGAUGUGGUUUUACACAAACCCAAAGUUGGUUUGUCUGUGAGCCUUUAGAGACUAGGGCUUUAUAAAAACUAACUGGGUUGACAAUUGAGAUACAGGACAUGUUCGGCAGCUUGCUCAAAUCUUGUUUAUUGAACACACUCAUAUUGAUCAGUUCCACCAUUUUUUUAAGACCGCGAGCCUUUGGAACAGGGUCCAGUUUGUUUCGGUACAGUCCCUUGCGUUUUUACAUUCGCACGAUCCAUUUUAAUCCAGUUUGUUGCUCUCUCUCACAAUGCCGCUGGUUGAGUACAGCCAUGUAAACAAACACUUUGUCCAGCCCCCACAAUGCAUUGAGAGCCCUAUUAUCACGUUAACUUUGACAGCCCUACAUUGAUAAUACAUUAUUUUUCUAAAUAUGUAAUGGGCCAAUUAAAAGAAACAAGCUGCAUGUACUGCCAUGCCUACUUUGCUUCUUGUUUACAUUCAAUACGUUGCAAAAAGCUUGUUUUGUGACCCUAAAGACUAUCAAAGUAUUUGUACUUUGUACAACUACACUCUACUUUCUAUUCUAUUUUGAACAGAACUAAAAAAAAAAGGCUAGGUAGAGUGUCAUUAUUGGUCAUAUUAAUACAAGAAGGUGUGCGGAUUAUGUGCGUGUUUGUCGUACGAGCUGUGCUGGGUUGGGUUUGGGAUGAGGAGGUCAGGACACGGUAGAAGAAAUGGUUUAGCAUGAAAAAGAAAACAAAAAAAUUAAAAAUUAAAUCCCAUCUGAACUAUAAACAGAUAAAUGUUUCUGUAUAAAUUUGCAACGCAACUGUGAGUAACAGGUGACGGAAAGCGGCCACAACAGAGAAAACAAUGUUCAUCAACACUUAAAUUAUUACGUCUCUAGUCUAGAGACGCUUUAAAAUUCCAUUCAUCACUUUAUUGAGCAAAACUGUUUGUCGGCCGUAACCACAACACAAACAUAGCAACACUGGUCAUUGUCUGCCGUACAAACCAGGCUUAAACCAACUCUUUGUCAUCUGUCGUAUCGACAGAGGCCGUUCUCUCUCUCUCAUUUUCACCAAUGCACGCACUCUCCGCAUUUCGCCAGUGAUGCAUUCACGGCCACCCAAAAAGUCGGAUAACACCAACACCACACAAUGUUUCAAUUCCAGAUCGUUACACUAUGACUCCCCAAACAGAAGUGCUUUUUCUACUGUCAUUUAUUAAGAAUGUUCAUUUGUCGUAUGAAUAUUAAUGAUUGGAAUGCUGUUACUAGUGAAGUGAAUUAAUUAACUCGUAUUAUGUUUUGAACAUGGUGAAUGUUUAUAUUCAUCUGGGAGAAAGCAAACCACCAGUUUUAAAUGGUAGGUAUUACAGUUUGGGCACAUAACAACAUAAGGCCCAUUAGUACUGACAUUUGUGUGUGAAUUGGAUUAGUUCUCACGGAAGAAAAGGCAAUAAAAUUGGACCUUGGUAUGCAAAGGUCUAUCCGUGAGAAGAGACUACAUGUUAAACUCAAUGACAGCAUCUAAGAUAUGACUUUCAUCUAUUGUCUUUCCAGACACUUACACCCAAACUACUCCUUUUAUGGUCAGGGUGGGCUGUCCUGGAUUAGCACAGGCCCAGAGACAGGAAGGAUGAAUAUAAAACGGAUGGUUUGGCUUCUCCAAGUUAGGAGUGCUUAAUUUUUUACCUGACCUCCUCCAGGAACUGCAGUCCUGUAUAAUAACACUCGCUUGUAAUAAAUCAACUUUUGGUUCAGUAAAGAGUCUCUGAUGUCUCUUUUGAUCCGGCCGCAUACACAAUCACUAGAUUACAGAAAUGCUAAUAAAACGAUAUAUUAAACUAAAUGUGAUCUCUGACAGUGGUACAAAUUAUUUCCAAAGCUGGACCCCCACCUAGACAUAAAACACUAUAGCACACAGCAAGAUUGUAUUUGUCAUAUACAUUUAAAUGGGCCAAAUCACUUAUAUUGGAAAAAAAAUAUCAUGAAAAUGACUGCUGGUUUUUGAUUAUUAUUAUUUUGACUGAUUAGUGCGUAUUACCAAUGUUUGUCCUGGGUGCACUAAAUGAAUACAGUAGAAAACAGAC